UACCAGCUCCUCUUUCAGUCGGAGUACGACUGGAACCACACGGAAGCCAAACAGCCGGUGGGACUGGCCUUCAAAGACGGCCGCAUUCAGGAGAAUAGGGGUAAAGUGUUGGGCGGCUCGUCGUCGGUCAACGGCAUGGUCUACAACAGAGGCAAUCGACAGACUUUUGACGACUGGGCGCACGAGUUCGGGGCCGAGGGCUGGACUUAUAGAGAGGUUUUGCCGUAUUUUAAAAAGUUUGAAAACAAUACGGAUCCGCAAAUUGUCGGCGACGGCACAUAUCAUGGAACUAAUGGCUCGGUUCAGAUCACUUCGUGGCCCCAACCCGUGGAUCCAAUCGUCCGAAUCUAUCAGAAAGCUAUGAAUGAGUUGGGAUACAAUACCACAGACAUCAACGGAGCCGUUCAGACGGGAACCGCUGUCUUACAAGCAUUCAUCGACAGUCGCGGCCGGAGGUCCAGUAUUGCGAACUGUUAUUUGGAUCCAAAUCCUUUUCCCCAAAACCUGGAUAUCCUGACGGGCGCUCACGUCAUCAAAAUCCUGUUCAACGGACAGAAAGCUAUUGGCGUCGUGUUUGUGAGGAAUGGUCUCAAAUAUACGGUGAAAACGCGUCGCGAAGUCAUCGUCAGCGCCGGCUCCAUCGGAUCUCCGCAACUGUUGAUGUUGUCGGGAGUAGGUCCGCGUCAAGAGCUGGAAAAGUGGGGCAUUCCAGUGGUGGCGGACCUCCCGGUGGGCGAGAACCUGCAGAACCACCCGGCGCUCGAUCUCAACUUCGCAAUCAAAGAGCAGUUCCACGAUUUGGUUGAUAGCGGCGACUCUGAGUUGACAAUUGACAACCUGUACGAGUACUACACGAACGGUUCGGGAGUACUCACCAAAUACUAUAACUGCAUGACAUACCGGUCCACCAAAUCCAACAACAACACCGACUUCCCGAACGUGUCGCUCCAGUUGGCGCUACUCAAGUACCCCAAAGACCCGUCGCGGGUGACUGUCGUGCAGUUCGAGGCUCAGGACGAGUGGAAGGCCUACAACCGCCAUCUCCUCGGAAAACCCUAUUUCUUCGUUCAGCCGACGCUCGAGAGGAUCCGGAGCCGCGGUUUCGUGCGCCUCGAGUCCACCGAUCCGUUCGUCUAUCCCGUCAUAAACUCGCGCUUUCUGUCCGAUCCGCAGGACUUCGAGGAUAUGGUGGACAUCACUUUGUGGGCCUUUUAUGUGUUCGAGCACCCGUCGAUCGCACCGUAUGUCCGGCCACACAAACCCAUACCCGGCUGCAAGUUCUGCGCGGAACAGCCCUUCGCACACAAGUGCGACGCCUACAUCCGGUGUCUCAUCCGUCAGGUGACGUACACGGGCUGCCAUUUGGUGGGCUCGUGUCGCAUGGGCGCCGCCCACCGCCGCGACACUGUCCUCGACCCUCGACUGCGGGUCAAAGGAGUGGACGGACUGCGCGUUUGCGACGCCUCCGUCAUGCCGACCGUCACCAACGGCAACACCAACGCACCCGUCAUUAUGAUCGGCGAGAAGUGCGCCGAUCUCGUCAAAGAGGACAAUAGUGUUUCGGCUUAG